UUUUCUGACUUUUGCCAAGUGAUCCUGCGAAGAGGAUGAAGUGAUCAAAAAAUCAAAUUUUCUGUACAAAAUCAAGUUUAUUGGUGUUUAAAAUUGUUGUAAAGUGUGGAGGAGUCAACGUUAUACAGGUUUUAUAUGAGUUUUGAAGCGGAGCUUUUCUGUGAAGAUGAAUAUUUCGGACGAAUGAAAGCAGCAGUUUGUGGGAUUUUUUCCUGCUAAGCCAUAAAUUGUGAGCAAGUGCAGCAUUCCAAUCGAUAAAUAUAAACGAGUAUAGGCAAUCUCAGCGGGUGGCCAUUGAAGAGGAAGCCAAAAGGGUCGCCUUUAAAUUGAUUGCCAAUUUCGGAAGAAACAACACGAACAUAGUGCCAUAAACUGUACAACGGUGCCGUGUUGGCAAUUUCGGUCGAGAUCCGGAAAUGAGAUUUAACAAACAGGAACUGAUAACAUUGGCCACUCAACCGAGCAACAAAUUCGACAAGGAAGGACCUCUCUAUGUGACGGAGAAGCAGGAGGGCUUCUUCCGGAAAACUGAAGGUGAAAAUUCCAACAAAAGUAACCAACCCACUACUACCGGCUGUCAGCCUCAUCUGAAACGCAAUAAAACACUCAGUUGCAUUGGUGGUACUGCAAAAGUAAGUCUCGAAAAGUGGUGCCGGCUGCGGGGCAACCUGCUGUUCUACUUCAAGACCAACGACCAGUUCUCCGAACCCCAGGGAUGCAUCGUGCUGGAAAAGUACCGCUGCAUUAAGCACAACGACCAGAAGGAGUACGACGGAUUCGUUUUCUACUUAGAAUUCGAGGACGGCCUGAGGCAACGUUUCGCCACCAACACCGACCAGGAGCGCCUGGAAUGGAUGCAGGCCAUCGGACUGGCCGGGUACGACGUAAAGCGGGCUCAGCUGAAGUAUCUGCGCGAACAGAUCGAUAAGAAGCGUGGCCGGAUCCACGAUGUCGAUGUGGACAUGUUGCGGCUGCAGACCGGCAAAGAAAUAGAGCUCAACGAAGUUCCGAUCUGCGAAUCGGCCAUCUCGUGUGACAAUUUGCUUUGCGAUGGCAACGGUAAGCCUCCGAAUCCUUCGGUUGUGGUUCAGGUGACCUCCAGCAGUCGGGGAGCGGCCGCCACCGGUUGGGUAAAGUAUGGACGUACCGAAGUGGUCGAGCGUAGCUCCAAUCCGCAGUUCAUUUGCACGAUCACAUUCCGAGCGGGCGAUGGGCUGAAUGCCAAGUCACAGAUCCGUUUUACCGCCUAUGAUGUGCGGGAGAAGGUUACACAGACGGCGGUCCCGAUUGGUUGGGCGGAAGUUGCGCUGGGUGUUAUUGCGGACACUUCAAGGUUGAGGAUACCGCUGCGGACUCAAAGUCCGACCGGUGGGAAUGCCGGUUUCAUAACGAUUGCCUCGUGUGUGCCGGAUUUGGAGAAGCGUACCCCAAGGUCGCCGGCUAAGGCCGCUGUUGUUGAUCAACAGCAGCAGAUGCACCAUCAACAGUCGAUUGGUCAUAGGAGAACGCAGUCGUUGCCUCCGAAGUUGGGAGUGAAGCUGUUUAUUCCGCCGCCUUCGAAGAUUUCAUUGGUGUUCACGAAUCCGAGCAUACACACUUAUCGAUUACAUUCAGGGUUGGGUGGAGAUAUAAGCGUACAGGAGAUCAUGCUAGAGAGUCAGCUGUGCUACAUUAUCCCGCAACAGUUAUUAUCGAUUUGGAUAGCACGGGAGAAGGAACUGCUGCAGGAGAUUUCCGGCAUGGGUGAGCUGGGGGGCGAAUGGCGGGACCGCCAGAUGGAGCUGCUGGAUAAACAUCUCAAACUAUUGAAGGAUUACUCACAGGCCAAGCAAUUCCUGGUUCAGCAGCAGCAGCGUGGCAAGUGUUUUAAGGCCAGCUGCAAGAAGGGGGACGAAUCGUUGGAAUUUGCACCGGUAAACUUGCACCUGCAGCGAAUGUGGGCUCACAACGAUACGUUGAAGAGGGCGGGUAUUCUGGAUGUUGUAACUGUGGGGGCGUUCACGAAGCACUGUGGAAAGAGUAAAACCGGUGGCUUGGUGAAGCUUUUGCAGCAGUUGCGUGACUGGCCGGGGAAGGACGAUGGAACGAAGGUUUCGGCUGCCAACGACGCCGUUCAAGCGAUAAAGAAACUGCGGAAGGAAAUUGUGGAGAUUAUGUCGCAGUUGUUGUUUUUGGCUAAAUCGAAAAAUCCCAAAGGGAUGCUUCCGUUGUGUAACGACAUGAUGACUAAAUCCAGAGCUCUUUUGAACAUUUGGGAGCCGAAGUUGGUGGAGGAAGCUUUCGCUUUUAUCGAAAGACAUCGAAUAGUGGACGAGACUCAGCAGGUUGUAGUCGAGGGAACUGCUCCGGGAACCUCCGGAGCGCCUUCCAUUCCAAUGUCUCCAUUUAAAAAGAUUACCCAGCAGUUGGGUGCACUGGAUUUGAGAAGUCCUGAGUUAGAAGACUUCUCAACACCGAUGGGCCCGGCUCCGGAUUUGUGGCCACAGGUACGUACCAGCAAAUCCGGAGUGCUUGGAGCGUUUGGCAACAGCACCAAGGCCAAAUCUCCAUCUUCCGUGGAUAUUAGCACUAUAUCUACCAUACAGAGUACGUUCAAUCAAAUAAGCAAGAGUCGAUCAAAGGAAUAUCUCAUGUCUUGUUCGUUGCCGGCAGCUUGUUAUCUUCCCACGGAACCUCCCAAGGAAGUUUGUAAAUCGAAGAAAUCCACACCAACGGAACCGAUAGCGGGUGAUUUGCGCUUCAGUGAAACCCAUUUCGAUGUAAGUGGCGAUGUGAUAAGUGCAACAAAGUCUGAACCUAAAACCCCCGACGAGAAGGCAGAAACCGAGGUCAAGUUAGAGGAGGUCAAACAAGAGUCAACCGAACAGCCGAAAUCUUCAUCACUAACAGCUAACCAGCUGUUGGAAAACAAAAACGAACUUUUGUCGAAUGUAUACGACGAAAAUGGCUAUCUGAUUGAGAACACUGCAAUCGUGCUCGGUCACAAUGGGGCCUUUUUGGACACCAAGGUUAUGAGCUCGAGUCCUUCGGCCAACUAUUAUCGACCGACGGAAGAACCGGAACCUCUGGACCUCACUCAACUGAAUAUCGAAGCCAGUGUUAUGUGCUUGGUCAGUAAAGUAAAGUUUCUCUGCGGGCGAUGCGGAAGUCCUGCUGUGAGGCUGCGUCAACCGGGUCGUCCCGCCAUUUGUGACUCAUCUAAGCCGGGAAGUUGUCGGGGAGCUCCAUUUGGCCCUGUUCCGCCUGAUGUGGUGACCAGUCAACCUCUCUCGCUUCCCAGUGGAUCCAGUGAGGAAGCUUCCAGUCCACCAGGUUGUUCAAUUCCAAAGGAGCUGAUGCCGACCGGUAAACCUCCUCUUUGCAGCAAAGACCUUAACCUUGCGCUGACUCAAGCUGUCGGUGAGGUUACCCGGAAAGUGAAAAAGGGCAACAAGUUUACUGACGGACUGGACCUAUCGCUCACCACAGAUUGGGCUUCCGAGCUGAGGCCUUCGAUGAAAAAACUUCGACAAGCCAUGGAUGGACUUCUGAAAACUGCUCGACUGAUGCACUCGGUCCAAAGACUGCAACAAGAUAUGAAGAAGACUUCGGCCUUACUUACAACCAUGUAUCGUAGAGAUGUUUGUUUUUCGCAAGCUCUGACUGCUCUCGUUUCUUCGUUGAUUGCUAAGUUGUGGGGUCAAAAUGUAACGGAAAACUAUAUCAAUCUGCUGGCCAAUUUGGGUCCGUUGGCAUGUUUCGAAGGUCUGUUGUCGUUGUACGGAAGUGAGACCGACAUGUGGAGCGAUAUGUCUGUUGCUGUAGCGGACUUGUCUGAGGUGAAUUUCACCUUAGUGCGGAGCAACCUUCAACGGGAUUCCAAGUCCGUUCCGGUUCCAAGGGUUGUGGGGUCUCGAAAAGCGCUCACGGUACUUCUACCUAUCCCGGAGUCCGUAUUUUGUCAUCUGCCUACGAAAGAGUCUUUGAACUUUAAGGUAACGACUGUAUUCUUCAACAUCGGUAUCAACGAGAAGGCUACGUUAGCGGAAACUCUCGGUUACACGAAGGAGCAACAUCGCUGCAACUGGGAUAACUACGAUCGGCUUAAACAGUACCAUAUCCGGUACAAGAAGAUCCCCUUCAACUUUGUCAAUCCAGCCUGCUCGGCGGCACUUGAUACUCCCACCAAGAAUGGGCUGGUAACUUCCCAGCAGAAGGAGGUUCUUGUGCCAGAACAAUCCGUCAUUGGUUUGUUGAACGAAAUGGAGGAACAGCUACGGGCUAACUGUUCCAAAAACUACCGGGUCCUCACGCUGGCCGAGGAUAUCACUAGAGCUGUACAAGGACUGCGAUUCACGUCAUGCAAAAGUGCCAAAGACCGAACCUCGAUGGCAGUCACGAUGGAGCAGUGUCGGGUGUUACAGCAGGAGUUCCACCUGUCGGCUGCCAAUCUGCAGACCGUUCUCGAUACCAUGAGAAGUGAGGGCACCCGGUCGGACAAUACGAUGAAAAACAUUGGCCUUCGCAAGUAUGCCUUCAAUCUGCCACAGGUUUUGUCGCUUCCUCAAGUCUACCGGCCUCCUCCCGGGGCCUACGGUAAAGCACAAUCGUAAGUAAGCACAACCCAACUUGACCAAACUUCAUCAAAGGGCAAGGUCCUCACAUAUUCCGAAGAUGCCAACCAACCAAAAUUUGUAUUUAUACCUUCAUCUACUUAAUGAUAAUUUUACUCCUCCGAUCAGUUGUUAAAUGUUCGUGUGUACAUAAGUACGAUAGAAAGUUAUACUCGUUUCAUGAAACAUAUUAUAUUUUAAGUAUUGGCGGCUUGUUUAAUUUAUUCAAAGUUUAAUAUAUUUAAGUGGUGAAGUUCGUAAAAAUACGUUUUUUCUAUAUAGAUAGCUACUAAAUCGCGUCGUACUCUAAUCUGUUAUUCCCCUAGUUAGAAUGUUUACUUGAAGUCUAAAACAGCGAUACUCUUAACACAACUAAUAAUUGACUUACCAUUGCAUUCGAGCAACUACUAUCCGAUAGGUUCAAACUUUUAGACUACAUAAGCCCUCUAGAGGUCAUAGUCAUUGUUCGACUUUAAACUAACCGACCUUCACUGAAUUAGGGACGAUGGCUCCUCGAACUAAAACUUAAUUACAUACUGUCUAUCAUUGUCGAAACAUUUUAGCAGCAAUAUACCCCAUUUACCUACCACAAAAUUUGUAGGUCGUUUUAUCCAUUGUUGGGUCAACUUGUCGAAACCCAGUUUAUAUACCUAACGUAACCUUUAUACAACAAGAACUAACAGUACAUUGUCAAUCCAAUUAAACAACACACAGAAGAACACAGUUGAGCUUAAUCGAGUCGGUUAUCAAAAAAAAAAAAAAAACACACGAGUAAGUAGUAGCGUAUGUAAUCUCAGUCAUUUUCUAAAUUGAAUAAAUAAACCUUACCCAAAAUGAA